UCUCAAGCAGCAGAAUCCUGCGUUUCUUCUCCCUGCCUUCCUGCCCAUCUUCUUCCAAGAGAAAUCUGGAAAAUCCCCGCCGUUAGUUACCGGCUUUCUUUCUCCCUAACUUUCAAAGCAGAAAAGCACAAUUCAGCACCAAAAUCCCAUUUCUCCUUCCUUCUUCUGUGUGUCUCCUUCCUUUUCUCUGAUUUUUUUUUUCCUUUUUUGGUGUUUCUGCUACUAAUUUGGUGGUGAUGAAUGAUGAUUGUUGGUUGGUAAUGUGAGUUGGUGAGAGAGUUAACCGAAAAUCCCUUCUCGUUACCCGUCUUCGUCCAUAUCUGGGCCACGUGACGACCGUCGACGAUGGUCAACCACCGACGACCGCCCAGACCACUGCAAUAAUCAUCGUCUUCUCCCUGAAAAUCCCUAUUUGCUGUUACUUACUGUGAGACUGCAACGAGCUUGAGGAUCUUGAGGAUCUGUUACUUACCGUGAGACCGCGGACCCAUUGCUACCGGAUCUACAAAGCCUGCAUGUGAGCAUUAAUUUGCAAAUGGAUUGCCAUAUGUGAGUGUAGGAGCCAAAGGCUGCUUGAGCAAAAUCAAGCUCAGAUUCCAAAAAAGUAUAUGAAUUGAGUUUAUCAGACAGUGGCAGUCAAGGUUCUACAGGGUCAUUAUCUAGUUUAAAUGGUUCAAAAUGUUCUGUAGUGUGGUCUUGUGGACAACUUUCAAACCUUUGGACUCAACCAAGAUGCCUGAAUCUGUGAGCAGCAAGCAAAAUGUGAGCACACACUCAAUUUCUGAAUGAUGGACUUAGUGAAGCAAUGGAUUGUCAGAGGAGCAAAAGGAGAGGGUUAGGUUGUCACAAGUUGGUAAAAAAAAGGACUUUGUUCAUAUGGAGGGGAUAUAGGGGCAAAACAUUAAUGUGGUUCAAGGACUCGAGCUUCAUAUUGGGGUUUCAAUGCUGAGGAGCAAAAGAAGAUUACGGAAUGUAUCUAUGAUCUACAGCAAAUGGGCUAGAAAGGACAGCUUAGAGAGUGUACAUAUUUGGAACCUAGAAAAUGGAUGCGUGGGAAAGGGCGUGUGACAAUACAACUUAGUUGCUGAUACAAUUCUGUAGUGCUACAAUUGUUAUCUAUUUUAAAUAUUAAUCUUUAUUUACUACUUAAUUUGAAUAAUUUGGUUCUAUCUUCAAAUAUAUUAUAUGUUGGAUUUUAAUGUCAAUUUCAAUUCAUUUUUAAUUUUUAGUAAGUAUUUGAUAUUUGUUUAAUUUUGCAAAAUAAAAAAAUAUAUAUUUGGAAAUGCAGGAACAUUUUUUUGUUGCGUUUUAAAACGCUGGCUUUUAGCCAAAAAAAUGUUGUAUUUUCCUUGUUUUCUUGUAGUGACAUUUAAGAAAAUGGGUACCUCGUUUGAUGGAUUGUAUAAUGGCUAUUUCACAACAUAAAGGGAACAUGAAGAUUUAACGCAAACAAAAGAAUGGGCUUGGCUGAGCGCAUGAGCUUGAAAGAAAUCAAUCUGUAGCCUGAUGCUAAAUCCAUGGUGGGGCUUGUUGAAGCCUGUAGACAUGUUGUCCUGAAGCAAAUUCCCUGCAUUGUCCUUAUUAGCUUUUGCAUGGACAAGAAUUUUGCUUCUUGGAUCCUGGUCCUACCUGUUUAUAUUUGCGAAGAUCAAACACUGGAGGAUGCUUCCGUGCAUUCAGUUCUUUUAGUUACAGAACCCACACCUGCUCUGUCUUACUUGCAACAAAGGAUUGACAUCGGUGCAACCAAUUUUUACACCGAAGUAGCAGCUUCAUUUCAGGAAUAUUCUUGUACGAGGGAAGGAAUCUUUAGAAGACAUGGCAUGCUGCGUAUGAACCGUGUUGCCAAAUUAAUAAAGGCAGUAGAAAACCAAAAACAUCCAGUUGCCCCUAAACUAAUAUAAGGGAAAUGGGAAUACAUUAAAUAAACAGGAGAAGGGCAUAGUUGGCUCUGUCACUGGAAUGACCAACAAGGUUCCAAGCUGUCAUUCCUCUGGUCAGUAUAUACAGACAACUUAAUAGUGAUAAUUCUGAACUUUAAAUCAAAUUCUUAUUUAUUA